AUGCAGGCCAAUCUACCGGCAGUACUACGUGUCAUGAUGCUCUACCCUGGGCUUUGGACUCAGUAUGCCGAGGUUUAUGCGUUACGAGAACCUCAUCCGCCGGACUCGAACCAUCACGGGAACGAUAACACUUACCAAGAUGAGCCCAGUAGCGAGAACAUGCGGCUAAGAGAUGACAUCACUAAGCCAUUCUCAGACCACGGAGAGUAUGACUUCGAAGCAUCAGAGCAUAAGCCUGCUACUUACGAAGUCAUGGUAGACGCAGAUGAAGACGUCCAUGAUUGCAUUGGGGAGUCAAAUACAAUGGUCUCUAGUUCAAUGGAACAGAGCCAACCCACUGCUACAGCCACCGACGUGGACGCAGAAUGGGAGAUUGACGGCGACCUGAUGGGUAAAGAAGUCAUUGAUGGCGAGGUGUACUACUUGGUUCCUUGGAAACCAACUCUUGUACCAGCCAACAGGAUGCAAAAUGCCCUGGAUCUGAUCAACAGGUUUGAGGCUCAGUUUGGGGCCCCGAGUGAUAAAAGCGACAUUUUCCCAACGGCGGCUGUGGUGGCCACCACCCCCAGGGAUCUGGAUCGUCUGGCCAGGGUGGAUGAGGUCAGGGUUGCUCAGGCCAUUGUGGCGGGCAAUCUCCUCCCACGACACGCUGUAGUUGGACGCAAUGCUGCCCAGGGUGUCGUCGGGCCGGACAGUCCAGCUGCCGCCGCCGCUGACCUAGCGGAACCGGCCGUUGUCAUUCUCCAGGGCGUCGUUCAGGUUGAGGGAGCUGUCCCGCAGCGAUCCGUCGGCGCGGCACCGGGCCGUGAGGAUGCGUCCGUGUUCAAGGUACACGUCCUCUGA